AUGGCGAUUUUAAACAACCUCAAGGAGCUACGAACGUGGGUAGACGCGUCGCAGCCGCAGAUCCCGCCGCCGUGGCAUGUCCAGAUUCUAGAACGCCAGGGACUGGAAAAUCGAAGAGAUGGAGCUUUCAAAAUGCCUUUCCAAGCUCUACCGAGAGGUCCUCAAGGAGCUGAUCGGGUCCCUGAAAGCAACGGAAACUCCCAAAACGGGACUGCUUUGCCUAAAGAGAAGACAAACUUUCAGUCUAUUCCAGAUUCCAGACCUAGUCUACCGAAAGCAGCAUCUACAACUAACAGCCUUCAAACAUCUACAUCUUAUGGCCUACAAUCCAGAAACAACGAUCCAGCACCAGGCCCGCAUAUGGCCUCCACCCAGCUCAACCAGCUCGACGAUUUGUCCGAUUUCAGUGAUUCUGAGCUGCUCAAACUUAUAGAUACAAAGGCACUCCCGCCUCUUAAGGUUAAACCACAGACUACGCUAGAUCAACUACCGAGAGUGCAGCCGAAACCCGUCCAGCCGGAGCCGGUGAAGCUUAAAGCUGUGUCGAAACCCGAUAACGACGUCGAAAAGCUCCAGGCGUAUAUACGGCUCUGUGAGGAAAAGAUCAACUUGUUGGUGAAGAGGCACUCAGUCAACGAGAGCACAUCGCUUUCUCUCGACGCCAAAAACCAGUGGGUUUCCAAGAACUUUGCAAACAAAUUCAGCGCCCUAGAUGCUCAGCAGCUGCGUAUGAGGGCGGGUUUCACGUUUCUUGAUCCGCUCCCGAAUGAAGACGACUUGUCGAAGCUUUCUAGCUUCUCUGAGGCACCUCAACCAAACCUCGGUAUUCCUUCAAGCAUCCGCGUCGAUUCGCCACUUCAGUCGUCACAGCCGCUUCCAAGAGCUGAAAAUCAUACAGCCAGAGGUUCCUACUUCUCCGUUCAACUUCUCGCCCUUCUCGCCUACGCAAAGAGCCGCCCUCAGGAUAACGAGUUUGAAAGAAACAAGGAAGAGGCUCGCCAGAUCAUCAUGGAAACUCGUCGACAAAAAGAAAAUGGAGAACCACCUCGCCAGUCUAUGUUCGUGGAUGAAGACGACAUGGAGGACGACUUUGGUGAAGAGUACAUGGACGGUUUGAGAUCUUCUCAGGCUGACGACAGAGACACAGAUCUCAGUGGCUUCAUUGCUGUAGAUGAUGUUGAAUCGAUUGACGACACCUAUGUUAGUCCUCGAGCUACACAGGCUGAUUCUGACCAGGACGAAAGUGAGAUCGAGGACAGUGCCCCACGCCUGCCUGAAGGAAACGAUAUGGACGACGAGUUGGCGAAUAUCAAGUUGUCCCAGGACGUUGCUGAAAGAUACGGCCUCAAAUACAACACGCAACCGGGAGAGAAAACCGAUGAGGACAAUCAGAUUGACCUAGUUGAGGUUAGUGACGAAGAGGAGGAAGCCAACCCCAUGGACUUCACCACGCAGCUCAAUGAGGCUCGUGAUGAGAUUGUCGAAAUUCCAUCGGAGGAUGAUAUGGAUGAUGAAGAUAUGGCAGCGCUCAAUGAGUUAUCUCAUACCAGAAUCAAAGUAGAGCCCAAUCAAGUCGUUAUUAGUGAUGAGGAUUUCAGUGACGAUGAUGACGAAUUGCUUCAGCUCUCCAAAUCCGUCGGAAAGCUGAGCCAAUCUGAGAGAACGGUGCUUCCUGGAUCUGAGAAGUUUAUUAACGAAGUCUACGAUGUUUUAGAGAAAACCUUCAAGCUCAAAAGCUUCCGUCCCAACCAAUUGGAGGUUGUUUGUUCCACUCUCAACGGCAAAGACGUCUUCGUAUUGAUCCCAACUGGAGGUGGUAAGUCCCUUUGUUAUCAGCUUCCAGCGCUCGUGAGAAAUGGAAAAUCAAAGGGCACGACGCUUGUCAUUUCACCAUUAAUCUCUUUGAUGCAAGAUCAGGUCCAACAUUUGCUUGACAAAAACAUUCGUGCUGGGAUGAUCAGUUCCAAGGGCUCUAGUGAAGAGAGGAAUGCUACUUUCAAGUCUCUCACCUCAGGUCAGCUCGAUCUCGUUUAUUUGUCGCCUGAGAUGGUCAACAACUCCGUACGUGUGCAGAAGGUACUCACCAAGCUUUAUGAAAACGAUAUGCUUGCUAGAGUCGUGGUGGAUGAGGCGCAUUGUGUCAGUUCCUGGGGACAUGACUUUAGACCCGACUACAAAGGCAUGAGUAUGUUCAAGCAGCAGUACCCUACAGUCCCUGUCAUGGCACUUACAGCGACCGCUAACGAAAAGGUGAGACUAGAUAUUGUCCACCAUCUCCGCAUGUCUAAUCCCGUUUUGCUAAAACAGAGUUUCAACAGAACAAAUCUCUUCUACGAGGUGAAGAGCAAACCAUCUAACCUCUACGAAUGGAUCCGGGACUACAUUAUGCAAAACAGGCGGGGACAGACAGGAAUUAUCUAUUGUCACUCCAAGCAGUCUUGUGAGACUACUUCGCAGAAACUUAAUGAAUAUGGAAUACGCUCAAUGUUCUACCAUGCUGGCAUGGACCCCAAUGAGAGAUUCGACGUACAAACAAAAUGGCAGCACGAUGAGUUGCAAUUGAUCUGCGCUACAAUUGCUUUUGGAAUGGGUAUUGAUAAGCCGGAUGUUCGGUUUGUCAUUCACAUGUAUAUUCCACGUUCCUUGGAGGGAUAUUACCAGGAGACUGGUCGUGCUGGAAGAGAUGGUGAAGAGAGUGAAUGUAUCAUGUUCUAUUCAUAUAAAGACGCUCGAAGUCUUCAGAGUUUGAUCCAGAGAGACGACAAGCUUGAAGAGGAAGCUAGGGAAUCGCACUUAUCAAAAUUGAAGCAGGUUGUGCAAUAUUGCGAGAACAAGUCGGAUUGCCGCAGAAAGCAGGUGUUGCAUUUCUUCAACGAGGAGUUUGAUCCGAAAAAGUGCAACAAGAAGUGUGAUAACUGCUGCAGUGACACUGUAGCCGUCGUGAAGGAUGUUACAGAACACUGCCAAAAUAUCGUCAAGCUCGUUCAAGAGAUUCAGCUGGACAAGGUUACAACGAUUCACUGUCAAGACGUUUACAGGGGCUCUAGAAGUGGAAAGAUUUUGAAAAUGGGCCACCACGAAAGUCAGUACCAUGGUCUCGGAAACGGGCUUGAUAGAGGUGCAAUUGAGAGAAUCUUCUUCCACUUGCAAAGCGAAGGUUGUCUUUUAGAAUACCAGGUUAUGAAAGGUGGUUUUGCUUCUUCAUAUGUCAAGCUCGGGCCUAAUGCCAGGCCCUUGAUGAACGGAUCGAAGCGAAUCAAGCUUAGUUUCGCGCAAGCAGACUCGGCAAAGAAGGGUGAAAGGACCAGACUCGUUGCAUCCGGUAAUGGCAAUGGUCUCAACACUUUCCGUUACCAAGAUUCAUUCGUAAGUGCCCGUGAAAUGAGAAAUCAAGAGCAGGAAAAAGAGAAUCUCUACCAGGCUUCCAAAACGAAGAUCACGCUUCCAAGGCAGACAUUCAACGGUCAGAUCAAUGCCAAUAAUGAGGAUGCUGUGGAGCGGGCUUUUGGCGAGCUUCGGAAAAUCCGUCAUCAAAAGCUGCAAGAGCUCAGGUUUGCCAGGCCAAACUACCUUCUCGGAGACGACGCGCUCAAAGAAAUGGCAAUCAAGCUUCCUACAAACGCUCGGGACUUUGGAAAACUUGAUAACAUCAGCAAGGACCAAGCGCCGUAUUUCCAGUAUUUCAAAAAGACUUUGGGCGCCUUGGCCAGAGAACGGAAAAAGGCCUCCCCGGAUUACCCCUCUCAGAGUACACAAGGAAACAGCACAAUCAGUGAGCACACAUCACAGUAUUUUCCACCUACUCAGAAAAAGCGGUCCCAAUCACAUAAGGGUCCAUCCCAGAAGAGGCACAAGACAGGGAGAGGUGGUUCCAAGAGUCAGGGACACAAGAAGAAUAACAACGGUUCAAACCCUGGCCUAAUCAGGCUGAUGCCCAUAUAA